AUGGGAACGCUGUGUACCUGGCUGCUGAUUUCCACAUUGAUCUCCCCGGCUCUGCAGUCCCACUCUGCACCCGAUCCGGCUCUGCAGUCCCACUCUGCACCCAAUCCGGCUCUGCAGUCCCACUCUGCACCCAAUCCGGCUCUGCAGUCCCACUCUGCACCCGAUCCGGCUCUGCAGUCCCACUCUAUACCCGAUCCGGUUCUGCAGUCCCACUCUAUACCCGAUCCGGUUCUGCAGUCCCCCUUGGCACCCGAUCCGGUUCUGCAGUCCCACUCUAUACCCGAUCCGGUUCUGCAGUCCCCCUUGGCACCCGAUCCGGUUCUGCAGUCCCACUCUAUACCCGAUCCGGUUCUGCAGUCCCACUCUAUACCCGAUCCGGUUCUGCAGUCCCCCUUGGCACCCGAUCCGGUUCUGCAGUCCCCCUUGGCACCCGAUCCGGUUCAGCCUCCCAGUGAAUGGAAGCUCAGCUAUAGUGAGUCUCUUCUCUGCGGCAGUUCUAAUGCUAUGCUGGGAUGCUCCCUUAUUUAGGGAAGAAUCCAAUGCUAGUAAUUAACUGUCCAGUUAGAUAUAAUGCCUAGUUAUACAAGGCCUGUGCCAGAGGGCAGCGUGAUGAGCAAAAUGGGGUUAUGAAACUUCCCCAUAUAGCUAUCAUGUUAACAUUGGGAGAGGGAAGAGAGGGGAGAGAAGGGGAGAGAGGGAGAUUUUACUUUUUUUGCCUUUAUACACACAUAGCAGAGCACCGUGUGGACUAAACAAAUUAUUGAUGUAUAGUUUAAUACUGAAAUGUUUGUAGAUCCUUCAUCUCUUGCAAGACACCUGAUGUCUGGAUUAAUUGUAUGUUUUUGAUAUUUUCAUUCAGUUCCCAUCAUUGUCACCAUCACACCAAUCCCGGAGAAUAAGACCCAUAAUGAUUUAUGUUUUGACGUUUCGCUACCAGAAAGCAUUGAAGUCCAUUUGAAUGGUUCUAUAGCAAUGGCUGUAAAAUUUCUGCAAAGGAAUGUGCAUCAAGUUUCUAUCAAUAAUUUAGUACUGCCAGAUAAGUCGGCUAUCAGGUGUGUGCCUGUGCUUAAAGAGGAAAGUCUGGAAACAUGCUGGGCCUACAGAACAAAUGAAUAUGGAGAAAAAAUUAAUACAAGUUGCACCAUAAACCGUAAGUUUUAAUUCUUAUUUUUUUAUAAUAUCCUUUUAAUGGUACAGCUUCAGAACCUUGUCUUGCACUUAAAGGGACAUGCAUCACUUUGAUAUGUGCACUGCAGGGGUUAUUUCUAACACAGAAAUAAAACAGAACAACCAGAACCCCGCAGUGCACAUGUGUACAUGGUCGAUUGAACAUGUGCUGUCUCAUUCAGAGAAGGCAAGCCGAAGCUUUAAGAUUCCCCAGUUUUUUAUUUUAGCCUCUAUCAGCCCCCCCCCCCUUUCCCUCCCAAUUGCAGCUACUAUACAUCAAGCCAAAAGAACUAAUUUGGAUUUGCCUUUCCUAAAUGGACACAACUACAAUAAUAGGGUGCUGGAAAAAUAGUGAUAGAUCUCUCUAAAACGUCAGCCUUGCCAUGGACUUAUUUUUCUGCCCGCCCAGGAACAUGACCAAUUCAAGCAUGCUCAGGGAACUAAAUCACUGAGACAAAAUGUUGUUUAGAGCUUACUCCUACCCGUUUAAAGGGAUGCUUUAGUGCCAGGAAUGCAAAGCUGUAUUUACUUACAUGAUCCCAGCGCCAAUGUUACUCGGCGUGAGGACGUCUAGCGUCAGAUACUGGACCAAACGUCUUUUUAAAUGCAGGAAGUGCCUCAGGGUGCACCUGGAUGCAGACUUAGUUUCUCUGGAACUGCAAUGUUUAACCCCUUCCCGACGCAAAACGAACAUUCUCUGUCAUGCUUGUCCUAAUGUACUAAAGUUAACCCCAGACCACUUAACGCUCAUCCAAUCUACCUCGUUAUCCGAGGCAGACAGGGAGCACCUGAUAGCGCUGUCCCUGCAGCUGUGAUUGCUCCCUGUGCUUCCGUGUUCAAUGUGAACUGUAGGGAGAUGGAACAGCGCUGUUCUUCCUGUGAAAAAAAAAGUUAUUAAAGUUAAAUUCCCUCCCCCCCCCUUUACCCACUUUAAAUAAAAAUUAACCCCUUCCCUGUCAUUUUAACACCGACCACAGUAAUACUGUGAUCUAUUAUUUUUUAACCCCUGGGGGUUAACUUUUUUUUUUAACCCUAAGGAUUUAAAUUUAUUUAUUUUCUUUAAAUAUUUUAAACGUAUAUAUUUUGCUGGGGUUGGUGGGAGUUAGUGGGGAAUUAGGGAAUUUUAAAGCUAAAGUUAGGCUAGCUAGGGGUUAACAGUAAAAGAAAAUGUAUUAAAAAGUUUUUUGUUUUUUUAAAUGUUGUAUUUAUGUUUAAAAAAAAAUCCCACCCAUGUUUACCCAGUCCUAAUAAAUAUUAACCCCUUCCCUGCCAGUUGAUUACUGCCUACAGUGAUCAAAAUAUAGAUCACAGUAUUAUACUGUGAUCAAUUAUUUUAAUAACCCCUGAGGGUUAACUUUUAUUUAAUUUUUUUUAUCCCUUAGUGGGAAAUUGGGGAAUUUACUGUUAGGGUAGUUAGGGUUUAAAAGUGUAAAAUAGUUUUAAAGGACCACUUUUUGUGUCCUGAUGAAAGCUCCUGUGAGGAGCUGAAACGUCGAUACUUUUUCUUCGCAAUAAAUGAAGAUUUUUUCGUGGUGAAAAUCCUUGAUUGCCGGUAUUUCUCUUGUUUUAUUUAUAUAUAUAUAUAUAUAUAUAUAUAUAUAUAUAUAUAUGUCCUGUCAUUAUAUCCUUCCUUUUGGUUCUCAGACAUUUGUCACACAAUCAGAGUUUGCAGGAAUCUAUGAUCUGCAAACUUUCUUUGUCUUAGGGAUGAGCAUAACCACCUAGCAAAGCUAGUGGGUAUGCGGCAGCCUCCCGGAGUCAAAUGCCAGAGCUGAAAAGGCUCGCGCUGUGCAUCUGCACAGCAACAGCCUUUCAGCCAAUCAGGUAAUCAGGAGAGCCGUGCUGAGCGCGGGAAUCCUGAUUACCUCAGAUUUUUUAAAAUUGGGAAACUGCGGAUGGUUAGCACAUCCCAUGAAAUACUAAGGAUAAAUAUUUCCCACAGUGUACAGGAAUAUAAUUAAACUUCUAAACACAAAAUAAAAUAAUUCAAGAUGCCAAUAGUACAGGGGAACAAGAAAAUAUUUAAUAAGUCAUGGAGACAUACAAGAUAGACUUGAAACUUUGUAUAAAACAGCUGAACUGAAAAACAAGGCAACAAUGUGUGCCAAAGGAAAGUAUCCAAAGACCACUGGAAACAUUCAACGUAAGUUGCAACAAAAUAAGUUCAAUAAAAGAGACAAGAAAUGUUGAAACAAGUCCCAGCAGACAUAAUCUUUAUGCAGGGAGUCCAUGAGAAUAUUAAACCGACGAGACUACUUGCAUCCAAUCCUUCUACUUAGGUGGAUCCUUGGUUUGUUGGUCUUGUCUUGGAGUACGGCUAUAGUCUGUAAAAAACAAAACAGAGAACAGUUAUCAAAAGGUUGAAUAAUCACCAGAUAACCUUAUGUUUUAGAAAAACCAACUACCACCAGCAGGCAAAACCCUUAACUAGGAGGAGGGUGGGACGGGCGCUAUUGCUAGGUGGUUAUGCUCAUCCCUAAGACAAAGAAAGUUUGCAGAUCAUAGAUUCCUGCAAACUCUGAUUUGUCCUCCGGGAGGCAUAACCACCUAGCAAAGCUAGUGGGUAGAAUAGCACACACCUGGUGGUGGUCCUAAGAAACUGAAGGCGUUCAACUUCUGAUGGCCUCCAGUAAAAUCUAACAAAGGUUUUACUGGACAACCAUCUUGCAGCUUUUAAGAUAGUAGCUAGAGGAAGGCCCUUUCCUGCUGCUUUAGUAGCCGAGGCUCCCCUAAUUGAAUGGCUUUUGAACACUGAAACAUCAAUUCCAGCCGUAGACAUGGCGGAAAGUAUCCAGCCUCUAAUUGUAUUAACCUUGGCUGGACGAAAGGGAUUCCUUGAUGUAAUGAAUAAUUGACUGAUAUCGUUUCUAAAUCCAGCAGAAAGUUGAAGGUACGAUUGUAACAAACUGACUAAACAUAAGCCUGGUUCGGAAGAAUCUUGGACCAAGUCCAAUUCUACCGGACCAGGAGAAAAAUGGGAUGUUUUUUGUCUGCCUUUUAGUAUAAUAUGGAAACCUCCCGGGGUCCUGGACAACCAAGGUUCUGAAAUAUGGAUCUGAGUUAACUCUGCUCCUCUAGCUGCCAGGGCCAAGGACAGCAGAGAAGCCAGCUUAAUAGCAGUCCAUCUUAAAUCAAUUUUAGCAUUAUCCAAAGACUUUAGGAAAUUUAAUAAGACAUCUACAUCCCAAGUAGAUGUGUAGCGUGAGGUAUAUGGGCGGCAGACGGCUAACCCUUUUAGUAAUCUCAAAUACAGGGCAUCCUGAGUAAGGUUGGGGAUCAGGAAGUUUAAGGCAGAUCCGUAGGUCUUGAUUGAACUGACAGAUAAACCAGAAUGGAACUUAAGGGUAAGAAAUUCUAACGCCAAAGGAAUGGUAUCAGAUCCUUGUGUGUUAGACAGAAAAGAAACCUCCCAUUCUUUGAAUUCCUCGAUCAUCUUUCUAUAUCUUACCCUAGUUCUACGUCUUAAAGAUGAGUUAAUAAUAUCCAAGACCUGGUCCGAUAAGUGGGGAUGUGUUAACAGCCUACCAGGGCUGCGAUCCACAUCAGCUGCGGGAGCUUGAGCAGAAGAUCGCUGGUUCCCUGAAAGCAGUCCACUGUCAUGCCUAAUGGGAUCUUGGUUCCCUUGACUAACUGAUGGAUCAAGGGAUACCAGGGUCUGGAGGUCCAUACUGGGUAAACGAGAACUAAGCUCUGCACCCUGUCCCUGCGGAUCUUCUCCAGCACUUUCAUCAGUAAAGAUGGAGGGGGGAAAGCAUAAGGGGCUGGAACAUCCGUCCAUUGGAAAGACAUUGCAUCCAUUUUCCAAGCUCCCUUUGUCCAGGUCCGGGAGACGAACCUGGGAGUUUGAGCGGAUGUUUGGGAUGCAAACAGAUCUACCUGUCUCUGGCCAAAAUUGCUUUCUAUCUUUUGGAAAAGAGCAAUCUUUAAUUGGAUCGUUGCCAGGGACAAACUUUGGCGAGAGAGAGAGUCUGCAAGCUCGUUCGCCUCUCCCGGAACAUAUUCUGCGAAAACCUGAACAUUGCUUGCUAAGGCCCAGGACCAAAGAUCUAGAGCCUCUAAGCAAAGACCCCUUGAUCUUGUACCCCCUCUGUGGUUUAUAUAAGCCACCGCUGUCCUGUUGUCCGAAUGGACUUUUACCAAUGUCGGUGACUCGUUUAGAGGAACUAGGCCCUUGAGAGCUAAUUUUAUAGCUCGUAACUCCAAGAUGUUUAUAUGGAGGUGACUCUCUUGGUCUGACCAGAUUCCUCUUAUGGCGUUUUGGGUUGUAAACGCACCCCAACCGUGACUUGAGGCAUCUGACGUCAGAGUGACUGUCGCAGGCUGCUCUAACAGUGGACGAGGAAAUAGAAUUUCUAACUCCAGAAUGGACUUCAAUUCUUCUCUGACCUUCUUGGGGAGAACAAAUUUUGAUUCCCAAUGGCCACCCUGUCUCAGUCGGUUCCCUAAAAACAGCUGACUUCUUCUGCAAAGUAAGGGGGAAUUGUUGUAUGCUGGUGUUAAAGCUAUUAAUUUCCCUAUGAUCUUUGCUAGGUCUCUCAAGGACCAACUCUGGUGCUUGAGAGAUGAGUUCAGAUGUACCAAUAAUUUGUCCCAUUUGUCUUGAGGGAUUCCAAGGGACAUAGUCCUGGUGUUCAGUAUGAAACCCAGAAAGAGGAUGCUUUGAGUGGGAAUUAGGACUGAUUUCUGUAGAUUUACUACGAAUCCUAGGUCUUGUAAAAGGGAAGCAAGGUAAUCCCUUUGAGAAGCAAGGGCUUCCCCAUCUGGGUGCAUGAGCAGGAUGUCGUCUAGGUAGUAUAGACACAUGAAACCUUUUAGUCUGACAUGAGCUAUCACUGAUUUCAUAAUUCUGGAGAAUGUGUAUGGUGCGUUGGAGAGGCCAAACACCAUAACAGUCCACUGCCACACCUUUCCUUUCCACUGAAACCUGAGAAAACGCCUGUGUUUCUUGGCUAUGGGGACUGAAUGGAAGGCAUCUUUUAGGUCUACUUUUAUGUAGAAAAAGGCUUUCUGAACUAAGCCUGGAAGAUCUGAUAGACUCUCCAUCCUGAACCUUUUCCUUUUGAUGAAAGCGUUCAGAGGCCUCACAUUUAGGACCGGUCUCCAGGAACCGUCUGACUUUGGGAUUGGGAACAAUGGGCUGACCCAUCCUGUAAUAGACAUGUCUGCCAACUCUAUUUUUCCUUGACUUAAAGCUAAGGAAAGGGAGGCAUCUAGCACUGGGUUCACCUCUCUGUGGGGUGCAAAUUUCUGGACUGGGAACCUUAACAGGGGGAGUUGUAAACCCCUUUGAAAGAUCUUUAGAACCCAUUUGUCUGAGGAAAUAUCCUUCCAAUUUAGUGGCAUAUGAGGAGGCACACUUACUUGAAUGCAUGGGUUUCCUUUUGGAAGCUGAACCGCCUCUGGAAUGCGCUCCUCUGCCGCCGCCUGGGAGCUUAUGUCUUCCACUGUAGUGGCGGUACUGGGCCUGGUGAGAGGCUUCUAGGGACGCUCCUGCAGCCCUAUAGGGGCGACCCUCCGUCCGAAAGGGCUUCUUGUAGCCAGGGACGGACUUCUUGAGUUCUGAAAAGGAUCUCCUUGCCUUGUAACGGCCUUUAACCUCCUGAAUGAACGAGGGACCGAAUAGGUAAGAAUCCUCCAAAUUUGGGAACUCAUGCGAUUUGGGGGCUAGGUCGGACAGACCAGCUGCAUGGAGCCAGCGGGAUCUGCGGAUGUUUGAAAUGUAAUUAAAGGAUUGGCCAAUAAUUAGCACUGCCCUGCCAGACGCUUUUAAAAGGGCCAUCUUAGAUGCUAACAGGGAUGAAGUGGAAGGUUUCUGAGCAUUGCCUUCUUUUUCUGCUUUAUCCAGCAUCAGUAAUAGUGGUCCCACAGCAUCAGCAAUUUUAAACUGUAUAUUGCGAAAAGUCUGGUCUGUGGGAUCAGAGGAUACGCUGCUCCCUGUGAUGGAUAACAGCGAAGGGUCUACCUCUGGGGCCAUUAGAGCCUGAAUGUCCGGGAUACCGAUGUGGUUCCUGAGGAGAAGGUCAUCUUCCUUAACCAAGGGGGAUCUGAAGGCUAGUUUAGCAAAAUCUCUAACCUCGGAAUCGUGCUCCAUAGCCCAUCUGGAGUGAAAUAAUUUUGAUGGGAGAGUCUUUCCUAGGAGACUUACUCUGGCCAUCUGAACAUUGCUUAGCUUCCCUCGCUCAGUGGAAGCUGCUGAACGAACCACUUCCUCGGAUUCCCAGUCUAUUUCUGGAGAGAAGUAUCUGGAACUGGGACGGCUUUGGGAAGAAGAGUGAGCGAACGCUCUAGAAGAGGAAGGAGAGGGACUAUCUAACCUCCAACGAGAUUUGCCCUUUUCCUCUGGGAGGUGUUUCUGGUGCUCAAACGAGGGAAACACGCUAUUCCUUUUUUGAGGUCCUGUCCCCUUAAAUUUUCGCUUACUCAAACGAGUAUGAGGGGAAGGAGGAGCGGAGAAGUUUUCCUCAGACGAGGAACUGGCGGAAGAGACCAGCCGUCUUCCUUUAUGCUUUUUAUUUAAAACUGGGACCAAAUCCUCCUCAGAUGAUGAAGAGGAUAGAUCCCUGGCAAGGAAAGCUCUCUUAUGGAGCUUUCUAACAUUGAUGGGGCUGCCUUUAAGAGAGGCAUCCACUAAAUCUGUGGCAGACACAGAAAUAGAGUCCUCCAUCAAUGAUGCCAUUUUAAAAAAUCUGAGGUAAUCAGGAUUCCCGCGCUCAGCACGGCUCUCCUGAUUACCUGAUUGGCUGAAAGGCUGUUGCUGUGCAGAUGCACAGCGCGAGCCUUUUCAGCUCUGGCAUUUGACUCCGGGAGGCUGCCGCAUACCCACUAGCUUUGCUAGGUGGUUAUGCCUCCCGGAGGACAAAUAGGUUAGUUGUCUGCACUAUUUAAUUAAACUCUCCCAAACUAUAGCAAUUAUGCUUAUUUUACAUUUUACUUACUUUUUACUUUUCUUAUUUUACUUUUCUAGGUCUCUUCUUGUUUUCAAGAAUUCACAAUUUGUGGUUUGCUAGGUACAUUACUGUUCUACGUCCUUAUUUUUCUUAUCAAGCCAUUGUUUAGGCUUAGAGAACUGGCUGUAUAGGGUCAGGUACGGGGCUUAGUUUAACUUAUAAUAGUUGGUCCCGCGAGGCCAACUUGUCACCUCAAAGCAGAGGUUUCGCCCAAUCAGCCCAUAUAAUAGGUAUAGCCUCGCAUCACCCACCUUUUGUGUUUAUAGUGAGGGCCUCACCUGUCAUGGCCACACAUUUUGAAUAUUUUAAUGUCACCGUCACUCGGUGGCUCGAGCCCCACGGUUGAAAUCAUAGAUAGAGCCUCUCCUCUGCUGCUUGGCAACUAGUAGGGCCUCACAUGUCACGGGGUGGUUAGGUUUUUGCUUUGGCACUAGUUAGCAAGCUAGUUCUACAAACAUGUGGGCGAUAUGUUAAUCAGUUGAUUUUUGUUUGUAUCUUCUUUGCAGUAAAUCCCAGGAAGCCAAUCUAGGCAAAGAGUAAUCCCCCUAGCCCUUUAUUUACCCCAUAGUGGCAGCAGCCUUUAAAUGUUAUAUAGACAUGGCAGCUUGCAAAAUAAUUAAUAAGGGUCGGUCGUCAUCCUUGACCAUUUUGAGGUUAGUUGACUUCGUUAGCAGCCACCUACCAAUUUUUUCCUGGUCUGUGAAAAUGUACCAGGUUACAGGUUAUCUCGUUGUAAAUUACAGGAAUUCUACCUACUACAUCCAUCUGCCAACACCUGCAGCCCGCAAUUCCACAAUCUAAUUCUGGAUUUACCUGAUUAUUGGCCUACGGCAGAACACUGUCACGAACGGCCGUAUCCAACAAUACGCUAAAAACCUAUGACAGAGCUAUGACCAUUUUCAAUAAGUUCUCAGCCAAAUUUAAUACUAACAACUUUUCUGUUCAAGCCAUGGUAGCAUUUGUCGUAUUUGCCAUCUUUACCUCAAACUAUCUUACAAUACCAUCAAACCUUAACAGGUGUACAACAUUUCAUAAUGACUACUGUAACGGAUCACCUGGCACCCCGACUGGGUACCUCCGUUGAUGGAUGCUCCUAGCUCUUCUUGAGGGUUCCAAGCACUCUAGCCGACACCACAGCCACCGCGGGCUGAACCUCUCUUCCUUCAGAGCGAAGCAGGAACGAGCUCUUAAAAGAGCUUAGGAGUGAAUAUAGCAAGAGAGGAUGCAGAGCAUAGCGAUCCCUUGUAGCAGAUUCCCCCAAUAAGAGACGGCACUCCAAAUUGAGGGUGAAGUAGAACUGACUGUACUGGCACAUACAGCCUCUUUUAUUCACAUUCUACAAACUUAGUACUGCCCACAGGGUUUUGAAAUUCAACCAAUCAAUCCGUACAAUACACACAGACACUCCCACAAAAAAUCCUGCCCUCUGCCUGUGAAAUGAUUACUGAACACAAUGGUUAAUAUAACUAUCAAAGGCAGAGAAAUACAGUAUUAUAAAACAUAUCACAGGGACCCCAAAACAUGCAAUAAUCCCAUAAAAUAUAUCCUCGGAACCGGGGGAUCUGGGUGAACUACAUAUCCAAAAUUCACCCAGAUUCGUUCAGUAGUUUGGAAGAUACGGUUUAAUGCAGAUUCCGCAGACCAUAUACAGGCUAAAUGAAAAAUAAUUACUGUUAAAUGUGUCCCCUGUUCUGUAGUUUAAAACUACUGAACGAUGUCUUUGUGCACCAAAUACCGGCAAGAUGGCACCGUGUAGAAAAGUCAAAACAGUGUCUGAGUUAAAAUGGCCACCAUCCAUUGUUCUCACCAUGUGCUUCAUCCGUUGUUCUCACCAUGUGCCUCUGAUACAUGAAAUGGAGGCCACCCAGUAACUCCACAGUAUGUCCCCAGAUGGUUCUUAAAGGGCCAGCAGCAGCAUAAUAAAAUACAAAAUGCCCAAAUCAGUUCCUAGAAGGGCCAUCUCAGGGCCAUAGUCGCAGGGCAGGAGGCUGGCAAACAGGCCCCUCCAAAAACCAGUGGCGAGGUCACUUUCGCCACAACUACUAUGCCAAAUCACAACCCUUACUUAUUCUCAUUCCUAUCAAAAAACAUCCUAAAAGGCAUCAAUAAACUAGAUCAUCCCACUACCCAGAAACAGUUACCGAUAGAUGGGGAGAAAUUUCAAGCCCUAUUAAAUAUACUGGACACCCAACCAUUUGACCCUCUCACAAAUAUGGUCCUCAAAACUGCCAUUUAUAUUGCCUUCCACAUUUUUUUAAGACCUAGAGAAUUCACAGUGGUAGUACAAACAGACAGCCAUCUGUGUCUCACCAUCAAAGACAUAAAGAAAGUAAAUGUUCAUUCUAUUCUAUUGUUAAAAUAUUCCAAAUCCAAUCAGGCCAGCCAUCCUCCAGAAGUCCCUUUGUACCCUACCGAGAAUAACUGGUGACCUCUUAAAGUCCUGGACACCUAUCUACACAACAUCAGAGACAAAUCAUCAGAUUCACCACUACUUACACUACUAGGUGGGCCUCUCACCACUUCAAAAAUCAUUUUUUAUGUCAGAACGCUAUGCAUUAGGUUAGGUCUUAAUCCAGCCUCAUACUCCGGCCACUCAUUUAGAAUCGGAGCUGCUUCAUCUGCAUCCAGCACCAACACACCUGAUCAUAUAAUUAAAAGAUUAGGUCAUUGGAAAUCCACUGUUUCCAAUAGGUAUAUUACAACCAGAGAAAGAAUUAAGGAAAGCAUCUAAGAAUUGUAUUGUAAUACUUAAAGGACCACUACAGUACCAGGAAACAUACUCGUUUUCCUGGCACUAUAGUGCCCUGAGGGUGCCCCCACCCUCAGGUACCCCCUCCCGCCCGGCUCUGGAAGGGGGAAAAACUUACCUUUUUCCAGCGCUGGGCGGGGAGCUCUCCUCCUCCGAUCCUCCUCCGUUCCUCCCCGUCGGCUGAAUGCGCACGCGCGGCAAGAGCUGCGCGCGCAUUCAGCCGGUCGCAUAGGAAAGCAUUCACAAUGCUUUCCUAUGGACGCUGGCGUGGUCUCACUGUGAAAAUCACAGUGAGAAGCACGCAAGCGCCUCUAGCGGCUGUCAAUGAGACAGCUGCUAGAGGCUUUGGGGGAAGGCUUAACCCCCGUUUCUCUGAAACUGCUAUGUUUAUAAAAGAAUGGGUUAAUCCUAGCUGGACCUGGCACCCAGACCACUUCAUUAAGCUGAAGUGGUCUGGGUGCCUAGAGUGGUCCUUUAAGCAAUAAAGUGUUUUGUCUGCAUUUCUUUUUGCCCUCUCUUAUUACAGGGCUACCCUUACGUCGGUUUAGGCACACCACUACCGACUUGUUCCAUUAAUAAGUUAUUACACGGCUUUUAUGUCACCGACCACAAUUAUAUAUAUAUAUAUAUAUAUAUAUAUAUAUAUAAUUUAUUUUUCAUAAUCUUUGCAUUUUUGCUUGGCAUUUUACAAAUCUCAUAUGUGCCACUAUGAUCAAAUAAACACAGGGAGUGUAGUGUGUUUGUGCCCUGGGUUAUGGGUUGCAACAUGGGGGAAGGGCAUAGUGCCUGUUCUACGUGUGUGUGUAAUCCCUACUCUUCUCUCAUCCUCUUCCCCCUCCUUCCUCUUCUCUCCCACCUCCUCUUCUCUCCCAUCGCCUAGCCAAUAAGUAGGUCUGAGGCUGGGAAGGGCACAGUUUGGUAAGGGAAGAGGGAAAGAGAGAGAACAGAGCCUGGGAGUAUAAGGGGGGAGGAUGGAAAAGAGGAGAAGAAGAAGAAGAAGAAGAAAAAUAACCACAAAACCUUGUGGUUGCGAGGGCUUAGGGACCAUCACGGGUGAACAGUCCCAUCUCUUAGGCAUCUACCCCUGCAGCCGAUCAGAUUCCUUAAUGUGCUGGUUAUGAAACUCAGGCGACAGAGCUAUAGCUAGCCAUGAUGUCCAUAUAUCAGUGUAUGCCUGGGCCUAUCCUGUGUGGUGUGCCAGAGCUCCUCUAGAACUCUCAGUUCCUCCAUCUUUGUGAACCAUAGUGUCAGUGGUGGCAUUGUGCCCCGUUUCCAAUGCAGGGGUAUCAGUAGUUUGGCAACGUUUAGUAAGCCAAUGGUCAUGGAGCGUUUGUAUUGGAUUGUGGGCGUGGUAGUAUGGUGGAGAAGAUGGGUGAAAUGGUGGGGGUUAAUCAGUAAACUUCUUAACAAAAGACGCAAUGCGUUUCCAAAAUCAUGCCAUUAUUGGGCAUUCCAGCACUUGCCAUCCAAGUCAGGAUGUAUCUUCUGGAGGCACUCGAGUGUCAUAUACCUCCAUGACAGGAUUUUGUAUGCAGUUCCUUGGGUCAUUCUGGCUAUUGCGCAGUGGUGUACUAGAUCACAUAUCUUAUGCAAUUGUCAUUAUGCACAUUUAAUUAAUUCAGUUUACUUAUUUUAAUGUAUUUAUAUUCAAUUUCAGUCUCUCUGUUUGCUAUUACGUGAGUAUACAGCUUGUGAUUUGUUUUACUGUUAUGUUUCACAUUUUUCUAUGCUGGCACGUAUAUGUUUGUUUAUUUAUUUUGUUUAUUUAUAUAUCCUCUGUUCUGCAUGGAUAUGGUUAUGGUAGAUUUCCACCAUGCAUACAUAUUUCUGUAAUUUGUGUUUAAGGUUACUUAGUGUCUACUGAGCUUCCUCUGUCACCAAAUAAUAAGAGCUGCUCGGUCAGCUUGAUCAUUCGUUACUGAUUUUUCCUUUGUAACACGGAGGAUAAAAAGGACAUUGGUUUUAGAUGUUCUUGUACUUCCUCCUUGCAACAUUUUUGCUAUUAGUAUUUAGUAUUUUUUGUGUGUUAUUGCCUCGAUAUUUUGCAAGUCUUUUGAUUUUGUACUGUUUAUAUGCUUGUGCUUGUGUGCAUGUUUGUAUCAAAUACUUGUAUGCUGUUAUUGGCAUGUUUCUAUUGUGUUCUUCAUUAAUAUUAUCUGCAUGUUUGCAUUGUACAAAUGUGCUCUCUCUUGUUGACAAGAUUGUUAUUGUACAUAGAUGCUCACAUUUUUUUAAAUACAUGUUUAAACAUUUGAUAUUACAAUAUUUUGUAUUUAUUUAUUAUCUACCAAAGACUAUGCUGCACACAAUAUGGUGUGUUCAGAUAAAGGCUGUUUAUUAUUACCAGGAACAGUUUUCUAUUCAGAGUAAGGUCAUAUGUGUUUAGUUAUAACGCGAUCCCUAUAGUAUUUCUCUGAUCUGUACAGUAUGUAACAAACCAUCUCUUUUACAGGUAGGAUUGUCACAGAUCUUGCAGUAACCACAGCCUUCUAGGGUAUACAAAGUCCAGGACACAUUCAGCUCGGUUUUCCUUUUUAUUCAGUAAGGAAACAGGUGCUUUAAAUAAUAACAAAACAAACAAAAUCCCUUGCUCUUACUUGAGCUCUUACUAGACAGGAAUUACUAUCUGCAAUUGGGUGGCUUUCCCACUUACCAAUUUUCCAAACAAAAGAAAUGUCUUUGCAAUAAACACAAUUGCCUUUCACUCUCCUAGCUGUCUUUUUCUCCCUCACUCUGCAGCAGGCUGAUCUCUUCUUUUAAAGGCCUGUCUACUAAUUGACUAACUACAGGUGAGUGCCAAUUAGUUAACUCUUAAAUCAGAUCUAAAUUGUGGUCUGUUACACAGCAACUAGUGCUGUUGGAGCAUUGGCCCACCCUGCUCUCCAAAUACUCUGCCCCAGGGACCCAUACCAUGUUUUGCAGAGCAUCAGCUAUGCAUAUUGCAAACUUUAACAUCUCUCCCUGGGGCAUUUAACUGAAAAUUCUCAGGUUGCUGUUUAACAAAUCAGGUCUGAUGUAUCUCCCAUCAACCACUAUUCCACCUUUACGCUCACAAGUAGUACAGUUAGUAGGUUAAAGGCACUCCAUGUAGGACUGUCACCCCUAGUGGUCAUCUGUUUAUAUUGCAGUACAACUAGUGUGUGUGUGCGGGUUUUUUCUUUUGUUUAUUUUUUCACAGUUUGAGAGGGGCUGUAUGACGUGAGACGAAAGAAGAACAUGUAAACCGCGCUUUUAAAAAUAUAAAUAAUACAUACAUAUACUUGUAGGUAAUUCCAAUGAGUCUGAAAUCUCGGAAUAAAUAAAAUAAAAUAAAUAGUAGUGCAAUACAGUAACAAUAAAUAUUAUGAGAUAGUGAUUGUAGCUUGUAGUUCAAUCCACUCACAUUUGUAUGAGCUAUAACAGAGCUCAGCUGUAGUGCACUUGGACGGUAUAAUCCCCGUUUUAGGAUGUGAUGUUCCAACUGGUCCAGAUAUUUCAAAGUGCAGUAUGCGUACUAAAAAAAAGGAAUAACAGCCAAUAGUGAAGUAAGUACUAUUAAUGGAAUUAAUAGAAAAUGGUAAUGUAUUUACAAUUUUCAGAGCAUGUAACUUGCUCUAGUAUAGACAGCUUAGGUGGUAUAAUCCCCACCAAGGAUAUGCAGGAUCCAGGAAGUAAAAAAUGAAUGGAUAUAAAAGUAACUAAUUAAAAGUAUACUUUAAUAUAAAACAAAACAUGUUAUAAGCAUAAAAUAUGUAAAAGAAAGUCCACUUAACGCGUUUCGCCCGAUAGGCUUCUUCAGAAGUGUGGUAAGAGCUUCCUCUAGGUUCCGUUUUUAUAUGGUCAUAAAUUUUCGAAAAUACUUCCUGGUGUGCUUCUUCCAGGUUUCUUGGUUACCAUGGAACGCACGCAUCAUACCGAAAGUGACGCGGUAUACGCGACAUACCGGAAAUGACGCAGCGUCAUGUAUUUGAUGCUGUAUUAGUCUUGCGCCGCUCGUGGAACGCACGUACCCCUCAAAAAAGCGUGCGUUGCGUUCCAGGCGCUUACAUAGAAUAUACAAGCCCCUAGAUGAUGGGCAUGCCCAUUUAGUAUAAAGUAAAAUAACGGCCAUAUUUGGUCUGGGCAUAAAAGGAAAAGAUAAGUUAGGAGCAAAAAUCAAUUAUUUACUGGAAAAUAAAAUAAAUAAGGAAUAAGAACUUGAUUUGAUUGAUGACUUGAUUGUAAAAAAAAAAAAAAACAACAACAAAAAAAAGUAUUAUCGCAAGUGUUGCUGCUUUUUUUUUUUUUAUAGAAGUUUUGAGGUUUGGGGCUCCUCUAAAUAUUAUUAUUAUUAUUAUUAUUAUUAUUAUUAUUGCCAUUUAUAUAGCGCUAACAGAUUCCAUAGCGCUUUACAAUAUUAUGAGAGGGGGGAUGUAACUAUAAAUAGGACAAUUACAAGAAAUCUUACAGGAACAAUAGGUUGAAGAGGACCCUGCUCAAACGAGCUUACAGUCUAUAUAGGAGGUGGGGUAUAAAAAAUAUUAGGACAGGAAAUAUCAAUCAAAUAGGGUGGGAGUGGAGCAGAGCUGGAGGAGAGAGUAAAGCACUGCCCUAUAGUGUGCAAGAGACAGGUAUGUAAGGUAGAGGUUACUCUGGGAGGCCAUAAGCUUUCCUACAGAGAUGGGUUUUGAGUCCCUUCUUAAACAAUUGAAGACUAGGGGAGAGUCUGGCAGAGUAGGCAGGCUAUCCCAUAGUAAAGGAGCCGCUCGCGAGAAGUCCUGCACGCGCGAGUUGGCCGUACGGAUGCGAGCAGCAGUCAGGAGGUGGUCAUGGGCAGAGCGGAGGAAAUGAGGAGGGGCAUACCUAUGGAUCUGUGAAGAGAUAUAAGAGGGGCUAGAAUUCUUCAGUGCUUUAAAUGUAUGGGUUAGCACUUUGAAUUGACUCCUAUAGGAUACAGGGAGCCAAUGUAAGGACUGGCAGAGGGGAGAGGUGUGAGAGGACCGACUAGAGAGGAAAAUCAGUCUGGCGGUGGCAUUCAUUACAGACUGUAGCAGGGCAAUACAAAUUUUGGUGAGCCCAAUCAGGAGAGGGUUACAGUAAUCUAUGCGGGAAAUUACUAGAGCAUGGACAAGCUCGUUAGUAGCAUCUUGUGUAAGAAAAGGGGCAGAUGCGGGUUAUGUUUUUAAGUUGGAACCUACAGGAUUUGGCAACAAACUGGAUGUGAGGCUCAAAGGUGAGGCCAGAGCCAAGUAUGACGCCAAGACAGUGCGGUUGCAAGGAUGGACUUAUGUGGAUAUCACUGACUUGAAGGGAGAGUGAGAGAGGAGGAUUAGUAGGAAAAGAAAAGACAAGGAGUUCAGUUUUAGAGAGAUUGAGUUUCAGAAAGCGUGAGGACAUCCAGUCAGAGAUGGAAGAAAGGCAAGCAGUGACGCUUUGCAGGACGGCAGGGUAGAGGUCCAGGGAGGAGAGGUAUAUCUGAGUGUCAUCAGCGUACAGGUGGUAGUGGAAUGCAAAAGAGGCAAUAGGUUUGCCAAGGGAGGCAGUAUAAAGAGAAAAUAGAAGGGGACCAAGGACAGGGCCUUGGGGAACUCCAACUGAGACAGGACGAGGGGAGGAGGCAUCCUUGGAAAAGGAGACACUGAAUGAGCGUUGGGAGAGAUAAGAGGAAAACCAUAAGAGAACAGAGUCACAGAGACCGAGCGAUUGAAGAGUUUGAAGGAGGAGAGCAUGAUCAACAGUGUCAAAGGCAGCAGAGAGGUCAAGGAGAAUUAAUAUGGAGUAGUACUAGUGACCUUUGGAUUUAGCUGUGAUUAGGUCAUUAGUAACUGAUAAGAGCAGUCUCAGUAGAGUGGAGAGGGCGGAAGUCAGACUGAAGAGGAUCUAAGAGAGAGUUGGAAUUGAGGAAGCAAGACACACGGGUAAAGACAAGUCUUUGUAAAAGCUUUGAUGGGAAAGGGAGCAGGGAUAUAGGAUGAUAGUUAGAGGGGGAGGAUGGGUCAAAAGAUGGCUUUUUCAGGAUAGGUACUACAGUGGCAUGUUUAAGGUCAGCAGGAAUAGUGCCAGAAGAGAGAGAGCAGUUGAAUAUGUGUGUUAGGGUAGGCACAAGACAAGGAGAGAGAGAUCUGAUUAGGUGAGAUGGGACAGGAUCGAGCCGGCAAGUGGUGGGGCGAGAGGAAUUGAGAAGCGCAGCCACCUCUUGUUCAGUAGCCGGGGAUAAAGUCUGAAGGGUAGGAAAGGCAUGAUUUAUAUGUGGUUGAGAAAGAGAACGGCAAGGAGGGGAGAAUUGUUUCUUUAGUUGUUAAUCUUGUCGGUAAAGGAGCAUGCAAAGCUAUCAGCUGUAAGGUUAGUUUUGGGGGUGGCCACAGCAGGGCAGAGAAGAGAAUUAAAGGUGACAAAGAGACGUUUGGGAUUGCGGGAGCAUGAACUAAUGAGAGAGGAAAAGUAUGACUGUUUGGUGAGGGCAAGGGCUGUGCUGUAUGAACGCAAUAUGAAUCUAUAAUGGAGAAAGUUCCUCCAGGAGCAUUCAGCACAACAGGAGCAACUCUACAGAUAGCGUGUUGAUUUAGUAUGCCAAGGUUGGGGUUGUGUCCUCCUCGAAGGUGCAUGUUUGGAGUGGGGCUGCAGUGUUCAAGGCUGAGGUGAGGCUAGUGUUAUAUGUGGAGAUGGCCAGUGAGGGACAGAAGAGGGAAGGGAUGGAUAGCAGUUGUGAAUCAAUGUCAGCUGACAGCUGCUGGAGGUCAAUAGAGUUAAGGUUCCUCCUGAGCUGAGGGGGGUUAGGCUGAGAUUGUUGGGUGAGGGGGUAAUUGAAAGCAAGAGGUGGUGAACAGAGAGAGGAAAAGGAGUGUUGCAGAUAUUAGAUACUGUACAUGAAUAAGAGAAAAUAAGGUCGAGCGUAUUGCCAGCUACAUGGGUGGGAGAAUUAACCCACUGCAAUAGUCCAAGGGAGGAAGUAAUUGAAAGUAGUUUAUAGGCUGCUGGGGUCAAAGGUAGGUUAAUGGGAAUAUUGAAGUCUCUAAGAAUUAGGGAUGGAAUGUUAGAAGAGAGGAAGUAGGGUAGUCAGGCAGCAAAGUGGUCAAGGAAGAGGAGAGGGGAACCGCAAUGUUAGCAGAGAAAGGUUUGAAAAGGCAAAAUGAAUGAAUUUCAAAUGAUGGGAAAGAAAGGGAAGGAGAGGGUGGGUAGGGUUUUAAAGGAGCAGUGGGGUGAGAGGAGAAAACCUACACUGCCACCUUUACUCUCUGCUUGUCUUGGAUUGUGGGUAAAGUGAAGACCACCAAAGGACAGUGAGGCAGGGGUAACAGUAUCAGAGGGAAAGAGACAUGUUUCCAUUAGUGCAAGUAGGUUUAGGGAGUGUGAGAUAAUUAGGUCAUGGAUGGAAGUAGAUUUAAAGGUGCUGCACAAAGAGCGUGCAUUCCAGAGGGCAGCUUUAAAGGAGGAAUUAUAGUGAGAAUUACAUGGAAUGGAUAUUAGGUUGUUGUGGUUUCUGGUGUUUGUACCAGUUGGCUGAGUAGUAGAGGGACCAGGGUUUGGAGAGACAUCACCAGCUACUAGGAGAUGUAGGAUUGAAAGGAAGAGAAGGUGGGAGUAUGAUUUAAAUGUUGGGGACGAGAGCUCGUAUUUAGGGGAUUUAGGAGGGGUGUGUGGAGAAAGGCUGGAUAAAUAUGAAUAAAGUGUGUGUGAUGAAUACAGAGAUGAGGGGAGCAGAGAGGGAGCAAUGAAGAUGGUGUCAGCAGGAACAGGUAAGUAAAAUGACAGAGAGAUUUUAAUAAUGAGGGAAGUAAGAAAGAAAGUGAUAAAUAGAAGUGAGAACAUUAGUCUGAGAAUAUGUGCUGUGGUUAGGAGGGUUAGGGGUUAAAGAGGUAUUGUGUGAGAUUAGCUAUUUUAGGUGUGAAGGGCUUGGUGGACAUGAUUGCUUUGACAUGAAAACUAGUUAAUUUGAGCAUCUAUAAAGUUAGUGAUUACCAUGGUGAGGGUGGGGUGUGGGGUAGGGUUGGUGGGUGGGAAGUGAUCAUCCAGAAAUGCUACCUCUGCUUAUGGCAAGUCCUGGGUGUAGCUGUUUCAAUAUUGUAAGGGGCCCAGGCUAUAAAGAAGAGAAUCUGGGUUUAGAUAAGGCAGAUUGUGGGUGGAGAAUCAUUUGGGGUGUUAAAAACUAAAUCAAGGAAAAAGCAGAUGAAAGGGAUUUUAAAUUUAAGGAUAUGAGGGAAUGGCAGAGAUAAGAUAGGUUUGGACUGCAAUAACUAGCACUAGCAAAACAAACAUUUAACUAAACAAGAGUUAAGGAUGGAGGGUGCAGUAGUCAUAAAUUAAGCAGUAAUACUGUGGGGGGUGGAGAAAGAAAGAAAUACAAUUUAAAACAAAAAUAGGAAAAAAAAAGAAGUCCAGGUAUUCAUCGAGAUGAUCAUCCAGAAAUGCUACCUCUGCUUAUGGCAAGUCCUGCAGGGUUGUGUGCUGGGAGUCCUGGGUGUAGCUAUUUCAAUAUUGUAAGGGACCCAGGAUGAUGCUGGGCUCGUUAGGGAAGGUAUAUUUAACACCACAUCCACAAGCAGAAUGUACCAAUGUUUCCUUACAAUGUUUUGUUAUAUACAUUUUUGUUCUCAAAAUCAAAAAUGAUAGGUGAUAAAACAUCAAUCUCAUUUUUGUUCUUUGAUGUUAGAAGGUCUUUGUUCUGUUUUGUACUUUUUAAUGUUUUGGUUGGAGUCCAUGGCUAGGGUUACAGGCGUUGUCAAACUAAUUUUUAUUUAAAAAUUGUGAGGAUUGUUAAUUUCUUUCUAAAAGUGAGCAGUUUCUCCUAAUAAAGGUUGACUCUUGGGAACAGGGCCGGACUGGGAAUUAAAAGCAGCCCUGGAAAAAAAAUAUUUACCAGCCCCAUAAUGCGUCGCGCCAGCAUAGUGUGCAGAUACAGAGUUAGAACAGAUAACUUAAAAGUAAAAAGUACUUCAACGUAAAAAGCGCACUCAUAGGCUUCAAAAUAAACAAAAGUGCAGAUUUAUUUUAAGCAGACGUGCCUUUGCAUGUAAUCAAUGUUUCAGUCCAACUACCUUGACAUAUUAAGGAGAGCUUGUUAAUGGGACUGAAAUGGUGAAUGUAUAUAGGGCACAACUGUAAAAAAUGUUUAUUUUGAAGUCCUGUGGGUGUGCUCUUCACUUUAAAUAUGUUAUUGUGCUGGAGUAUGCACCUAGCAACAAGACUGGACCAAUAUCUGCUCAUUACAUAUGGUACAUAUUAAUGAAAUUUCUCUGUGUAUUAUGCAUUUAUAAAUGUACAUUAAUAUGUGUAAAUAUAAUAGGUAUAUAUAUAUAUAUAUAUAUAUACCUAACUAAUACACACAUUAGUCAUAUUAGUCACAUUGUCAUAUACUAGUGCCGGAUCCAGAGCCUGAGCCUGAGAGGGGCACUUGUAGAUUAUUUAAAGAAAUAUUCCAUGCACAAUAACCACUACUCCUCUGUGUAGUGGUUAUGGUGCCAGGAGCGUUUAAGAACAGUUUGACAACUUACCUGGAGUCUGCUGGGAUAUGGGGCUGUAGUAGGGUAUAGGAGCAGUGGUGCAAUGUGUGUGAAAGGUUCAGUGUGUGGGUGGGCAGUGUGUAAAUGUGUAUGGUGUGUGUGGGGGCAGUGUGUGAAUGUAUAUGGUGUGUGUGUGUGGGGGGCAGUGUGUGUAUGGGGCUAGAGUUCACUCCUACUACUGGGACCACCAGGAAGUGGUGAGAGUGAACUCUAGCCCGUAGCUCCAGGGCUAGAGUUCACCCUCGUGAGAGCCGAAGCGUUGCCCCAGGUCCUCUCGUCCUCCCCUGCCGACUGGCUGCACGGUGCCUGUGGAACAUGGAGGGAGAUCGGCCGGCAGGGGAAAGCCUUGGGGGGGGGGCCCGUUGCCCCCCCACCAUCCACCAGUGAUAUAUACUGCCCCUAUGUGUGUCUCUUUAUCUCCAGCCCCUCUGUGUGCCUUUUUGUAUCCCCCAGUCAUUCUGUAUGUUUCUUUCUCCCCCUCACUCUCCCCAUCUCUCUCCCUCCCCCCUUUCCCUGUGUCUCUCCCCAUCUCUCUCCCUCCCCCCUUUCCCUGUAUCUCUACCGAUCUCUCUCCCUCCCCCCUUUCCCUGUGUCUCCCCUCCCAUCUCUCUCCCUCCCCCCUUUCCCUGAGUCUCUCCCAUCUCUCUCCUCCCCUUUCCUGUGUCUCUCCCCUCCUCCUCCCUUCCCUUUCUCUCUCCCAUCUCUCUCCCUCCCCCCCUUUCCUGUGUCUCUCCCCAUCUCCUAUCCCCCCUUUCCUGUGUCUCUCCCCUCCUCUCCAUCUCUCUCCCUCCCCCCCUUUCCCUGUGUCUCUUCCCAUCUCUCCCUCCCCCUUUCCCUGUGUCUCUCCCCUCCUCCCUCUAUUCCCCUCUCCCCCCCCCUUUACCUGGAGAAGUCAGGGGGCCGGCCGGGUUUCUGGCUGGAGCCGCCGGGCUGGGUGGCAGCUUCCCCGGUCCGGCGGCCCUGCUCCUGUCACUGCUGUGGCUGAUGGAGGAGGAGCAUGUCUCUGUACCAUGCUCCCUCGCGGUUCCUGUGCCGGGAACCGCGAGAGAGCAUGGUACUGAGACAUGCUCCUCCUCCAUCAGCCACAGAAGUGAGAGGAGUGCCGCCGGACCGGGGAAGCUGCCACCCAGCCCGGCGGCUCCAGCCAGGAACGCGGCCGGCCCACCGGGAAAUUUCCCGAUAUCCCGGUUGGCCAGUCCAGCCCUGCUUGGGAAUACAACUAAGCAAGGAGCCAUAGACUAAAUAAAGCCUCUUCCGGGAAAAAAAUGGGAGGGUUUACAAAGACUGCAGUUCACAAAAAUUGCAGCCUUUGCCAUAAGCUCUUUUAAGAUAUACUCCCAAUGAAUACAUGCAUGAAAAUUCAUGGAACCGCAACCGGAGCUCGCUUACGCUACCAGAAGCUGCUCGUCUGGCGGAUGAGUAUACAGACAUCCGUAAAACGGACCAACCCUUGGCAAAGUCCGCCCCAUGCACGAAGUUAGUCUCCGGGAUCUCCAACCAACCCCAACCUCCGGAUAGAGGACCCCCCAGGCAUCAACCAGCUCCACCAAAGACAGAACCUCGGUACUUCCGAUGCCAACAACUAGGACACGUCAGGAGCAACUGUCCCCUAGAACCACCUAGACCACCGUGGGGGCGUACCAACCCGGUACCACCCAGGGCCACAGCUCACUGCCUAGAAGAGUCUACACCCAAGGAAUCCUGAAGGGUGUUACACGAUGCCGACCUUGUACAGGUUGCCUGAGUAGACAACAGACAGAAACAUCGACAACUGGUUGUGGUAAACGGACAGACCGUUAGAGGGCUGAGAGAAAUCGUAGCUGCCCUGUCCUUGGUGCAACGCCACUGAGUUCGAGACAACAAGCAUACGGGUCCAACAGUGGCUGUUAGGGUAGCUUUGGGAGUAACACAUCGCCUACCCACUGUCCGCGUUCAUAUUGAUUGAGGAGAUGGUUCCGGUACCGUGAACAUAGGGAUUAUGACGGAUUUAACAGCGGAAGUCUUGCUUGGGAAUGAUUUAGAACCCCUUACUUCAGCCUACAUCACUAAGGAACAAGCUAAAGCUCAACCUGUUACUACACAUCUUCAAGCCGGGGCUUUGGAGGCUGACUCACGUCUUGAGGAGACCCAGGUAAGAGAUGACCCCCAACUUUGACAUUAAAUUUGGCCCAGUUUGCUAGGGACACCCUAGAGGAGUUUGGGAGGGAGGCCCGGGAAGGCCCCACCCUCCAGAAAUAUAGGGCCUGGGCAGACACUGAGAAAUGGGGCUUAAAGAUGGAAAGGUUUAUUUGGGAACAGUACCGGUUAAAUAGGAUAACCGAGAUGCAUACUUGAGGGGCAGCCCCAUCCCAGAAGCAGUAGUAGGUAAUACCAAGGAAAUAUCGGUUGGAACACGAUGUACCUUUAGGAGGACAUCUGGGCAUAUGCCGGACAUCUCAUAAAGUGACCAAGAACUAUUUUUGGCCAGGAAUCUCUAGGGAUGUUCGAUAGUACUGCCAAACCUGUUACACUUGCCAGAGAAUAGGUAAGAACAGAGACCACCCCAAAGCUCGGCUGCAGUCCAAUGCUGAUCAUUGAGGAGCCUUGCAGUCGACCUAAUCGGACCCCUAGUUAGACCCUCUGGUAAGAGAUACAUACUUACCGUAUGCUAUCACAAAGCAAUUGCGCUCAUUAAUAUACAAGCAGAGACAGUAGCCCUGGUCCGAAUAUUUUCUCGGGGAGAGUUUUCCCAAGGAGAUCCUAUCAGACUAGGGUACUCAAUUCAUAGCAGACAUUACCCAUCAGCUGUAGAAGGUAUGUGGAAUAAAACCCAUACUAAGCUCCCUCUAGCAUCCCCAUAGGCUGGAUUAACCCAUAGGUUAACAUAGCAGUUUCUCUGAAACUGCUAUUUUUACAGCAAAAAGGGUUAGACCUAGCUGGACCAGGCACCCAGACCACUUCAUUAUGCUGAAGUGGUCUGGGUGCCUAUAGUGGUCCUUUAAUCCAAACAAAGAUUAAGAUGACCAGGUUAUGACACUACACUGAUGAAGAUGUUUUCACAUGAGAACAGUCUAUAAUUUACUGAACAUGACUGUAGCGGAGUAGAGGUAUAAUCCACGAUAUCUCCGCUGGCAGUGGUAGUCAGCAUGAAAAAUACAAGUAGCGUGAUAAGUACAAUCCUCUUUUCCCAAGAACUGAACGACACAGUUUCUGAGUAAACUGAGCUUUUAUUGCACCACAGCUGGUUUUAUUCAAAUCCCCAUGCAAGGGGUUUCCUUAAUGACAUUCCAGGGGUUUUCCCCUGGUGGAUUCUGUGGAAAACUUAGUGUACAAUAAUAUUUCCCAUCAUGCUUUUCUGUACUGGAGAGAUAAUUGCGUAAGAGUACACCUUUAAUUACAUUAUCGCUCUGUACAGAAAAUUUAUACAAUAUAACACAAAAAUACAUAACUUGAGAAACAUGCAUCUGAACUUCCCGAAAGCGCACAAUCUGACCAAAUACCACCCAGAUCCGUUCGUUGGAAUAGAAAAGCCAUUCGAAUGAAGUUAUGGACCGGUCAGCCAUGAGGCGCGAGCCCCAAAAUAGUUCCAGGUAAUUGUAGGCUUUUACCGGUCUUCUUUUGGGAGUUCCUGUGAAUGAACAGUCGAACAUAUACAUGAAUGUACGGGUUAGUUGGGUAUGGGAAGUUCAUGGGGUUUAUUCCACCGAACGCCGCUCUAUUUUGACAAAUGGAUAUAUCCAUACGAACGGCAUGGAAGUCCAGCGGUGUUCGCAAGGUCAAGUAGCCAAUUCUAGUUCCAUGCACUCAACGACCAAACACUGCUGGGCGUUCGUGAGCAAAGAUGGCCGCCGCCACGUGUUCGGUUAUACGAACGGCGACCACCCAUUAAAUCAUUAGAGUUCUGCGGUUUCCCCAAUGCUCCCACUUGUUAAUUAAAGACAUGUGACUCUCUUGUGUGGUCUCCCAUUUGGCAGUUUAUUUGUUUUACGAACAAUAUAUCCCAAUUCUUUUCAUGAAACUGGCUUACAAAUGCCCAUAGUCUUUACAGGGGGAAAUAAAUGAAUGGACCCAAUCUUUUGUACAAUGAAGUGGCUAGUUUUGCCACAAUGACCUAACUGAAACUCUAGAGUAUAAUUAUUUGUAUUUAUUAAGCCUUUGCGGUCCAAUAACUUUUCACUAAGUGCGUCAGCAGGUCUUUUCUAGGAAAUCAUGUUGUUCCCGAAUUGGAGAUCGCAUGCGCAAAAAGUCCCGCGACCUCCUGGUGUCAUGCAAAGCAACCUGUGCUUGCGUUUCACUUCCAGGUUCAAACUCCUCCUCCUACAGUUCUAGUGCGAAGCACCUACUUCAGGGGACAAUGUGAGCCCGCUGCUCAGCAAGACUGUCCCCCUCCUCUAUUUUUGGUGAAAUGCACACCACGCUCCUGCGUUCAACCUUUUUAUACCGCCAAUCCUCUGUGCCAGGUGCCAGAAAAGGCAAAGGUGGAGGGGCAAAAUGGGGGACAGACCUGCUGCGCAACCAGCUCACCUUGUCCCGUAGAAGUAAGUUCUUCACAUUUGGACUACAGGAUAAGGAGUUUUGGAAACUUCCUUUUCAGAGGCUGGAAACCAAUGGGCCAAGGUGGAAAGGUGUCUGAUUACCUCCUCCCGACUUCUCUGUGUCUCAGUUCCCUCCCCCUCAGCCCCUCCAUAUGUUUCAUUCCCUCCACCUCAGCCCCUCCAUAUGUUUCAUUCCCUCCCCCCAACCCCUCCAUGUCAGACCUCAAUCCGCUCGGCCACACUUCACACGGAGGCACGAGGUGAGCAGCAAAGCGUUCUUCAGCCUUCUCCUGCAAGCCUUCCCUAGGCAUUAUCAAAUCAGAGGCUUCUCACGGAGACCAUGUUUAAGGACAAAAUUCUUAAUGAGCCAUAGUGUCUCUCAUUGAGAUGUAUUUCAAAGGCAGGUGCUUUGCUCAAGUGCCUUCUUUUGCGUUUAGCUCCGUGGAGCUGUUCAUCCAGGAAGUAAUGCCUCCUUUCCAUCUGACCGUCAGUAAGUUGUUUUUAGCGUUCAUUUAUAAAAGUGUUGAUUUCUAUUGAAUUAAGAACUUUUUUUUUUUUUAAAUGAAACAAGGGGACAAACUCUACACAAAUGUAUUUAACAUGUUCCUUUUAAUGCUGUAAUUUCAGAAAUUUUAGUCAUUUAAACCGUAUGCACGGCUGAGGCCAGAUUGACUCAUUUGGAGCAUUAUCUGUAAGCUUCUGUUGACAAAAUUGUCACUCUGUGUUUUCAAAUUAUUUAUGUAAAAUUUCUCAAUUGACUAAAACAAAUUCUUAUCUACAAAACCAUAUUAAUUGUGUUUAAAAUUUGGUUUUUUUUUUUUACCAGGGGAGACCAUUACAAAGGGGAGUCCUGUAAUUGCAGGGAGUCCUGUCACUGCGGGGAGUCCUACCACUGCGGGGAGUCCUACCACUACGGGGAGUCCUGUCAUUGUGGGGAAUUCUACCACUGCCUGGAAUUUUACCACUGCGGAGAGUCCUUUCACUGCUAAAAAUGUGGUCAUCAAAGUGAUUGCCAUUGUGAUUAUUUUCAUCAUAGGGAUACUGUUAUUGGUAAGUAGUUUUAUCCCAUUGAAGACUGUAAACAGUGUGAAUAUUCUUCAAGGUUGCUGCAGAAUUACUCCAUUCACCUAAGGUGCAAAAAAGAGUGAAGCAAAAAGUAAAAUACUUUAAUGUUUGCAAAUAGCUUCAGGUGCACAUAUCAUCCCAAAGUAGAUUCAUUUGUAAAAGCUGUAAAACAGCAGCAGUUAGUAGAUUAUAUAAACUUGUGCAAAUUGUUUCAUUCAUGGUAUUCAUGCAUUAAACUACCCUUAAAGGGACAAUGUAGGCAGUGUAACUGUAUCAUCCCAUUGAAGUGUCUAUUUUAUCUGGUGUCCCUGGUGUUGUCCUUCCAUUCAGUGUUAAACCGUUUUUAGUGGUUUAAUACUAUAUGAGAGUCCCCAAUAUCUUGAGCAGCAAUUGGUGGCUGUGAUUGGCUGAAAGUGUCAGCUGACCCCUUUCAGUCAAUCGCAGUCACAAUUGCUGGUAUGAAUUGGUAUGCUUAAAAGGCAGUGUGUAAUCUCUGUCUUGGCCAUACUUCCAGAAGGGGCUGGGCUGUGGGUGGCCGGGGAACCCUAAUUUAGUGUUAAAUUGCUUGAAAAUUAGUCCUUUGUCAAUUAAAUGAGAUGAAAUGGUUAUUGUGCCUAUAGGGUCUCUUUUUAAACCCUUGCUGUGAAAUAAUAUUUAGCUGAGAAAUCUUAGACACUCCAUUUGAGAUUGCAUACUGGGGACUUGUUCAAACUGAGAAACAUUCAAAGAUGAGAUUUUUUUUAAAAAAUUUUUUUUUAAUGUAGCUUUAUAUUUAUUUUGAAUAUCUUUUUAAUACAUUAUCUAAACGUAAAUGAACACUCCAGUCACAAUAACAACUAAAUGAAGUUGUUAUGGUGCCAGUAGGUGCACUCUUACCUUAAGGGGUUAAACUUUCUCAAACAGUUUAACUCCAAAGGCUGCCCUCCAGCACCGAUCUGCUUCUCCCCAGGUGCCAUCUGGCUUCUGAAAUUCAGUUUCAGGGAGCACAGAGUGCUGUUGGCCAGGGGUGCCGCUGAUUGGCUUAGAGUAGUCAGCUGAUGCUCCAAGCCAAUCAGUAGCUCCCCAUUGCUAUAAAAGAGACAUACGUUUUAUAUCAAUGGGGAGCUACUGAUUGCCUAAGAGCCUAGGGCUGGCUGCUGUUAAUUUUAGUCCUGUCCUAAGGACUAAUAAUUGUACAAAUAAACUAUUUGGAACUAAUGUGGCAUGUUGUUUAACUUCUUCCUUUUUCAUCCUCUUGCUAUCUUCUGUAGUGUGGAAAACGGCUACUGAAACUGUGUAACCAAACUCAAGAGGCUGAACCAAAAGAAACUGAACAGAUGGAGGUACAACAUACAGAGCCCAGACUGUUAAGAAACACACAACUAAUAAUAUAUCAAAGCAGAAUACAGGGCAAUGUUAGUAGGAGUAUAUAAAACAAGAGAUCAGAAAGAGACAAAUUAUCUCUGUGCUAAACUGCAAGGAUGAGUUCCUACAAACAAAACUCUGAACAUGGCAACAUUAGUUGGUAUUCAGUAAACCUUAAUAAGGAUGUAUAGAAAGUGUGAUAGAGUUGUAUGCAAAGAAAAGAAGUAAAAUGUAAAGGAAGGAGAAAAGAUAUUAAAGAUUACCAGAGAUUGUAGGACAAGAAAUAAGGGACUACGAGGGGAUCCAGUAGUGGGACGUGACAAAAUUCUAUGGGAAAACACCAAUGGCCUGUGUCAAGCACACACAGCCAGUGAAGGAUGCAUUUUUUUCAUAGUGAACAUAAAUGUGACAAAACUAAAAAUUAUGUUUGGCAUCCAACACAGUCUAAAGUAUGCAGAUAAAAUCAGUUCAUUAUGCCAUCAUGACAAAGUCCAAGGACGUAAGAUAAAUUUUUUGUGAAUUGUGGGACCUCUUAAAACUGUGAAUAAAGAAAGCAUCAGUCCUCCUAGUUAUAGUCCUAAAACAAAAAAAAAGUCAGCAGGCCAAAUCACUCCAUACGCGAAACGACAGAAAAAAAACCCCUGAAAGAUCCUCCAAACAGGUCCUAAUUCUCCCAAGGCAGAUCUAGCUUAGCUCCUACUUGGGCAGUAAGGAUACUGGAGAACACUAUUGCACCCCAACAUAAUACCAACAUCUCAUAGAGCCUCACUGACUGCUGUCUCACCAGAUUGCUCCAAAGGUUCUCUGGAAAAGGCUCACCACUUUCUGUGAGGCUUCAAGAGUCUGAGAAGGGCAACAAGAUGUAUAGAAGAGCCAAAUUUUCAAGUUUAAAUCCACUAUGUCGGGGGGAGGGGUGUCAGCGGUAACCCCCACCAUUCCAGAGAGGGAAGGAAGCAAUACAGUGCAGAGCCCAUUAGUAGGCCACACAUUCCACUCCAUAGAGCAUAGUCCCAUAAACCGUAACCAAUCUCCGAUAAAACCUAGCUGGCAUUGUGUAUGUUCAGUGUAGGUAAGUGCAUGGAAGUGAGCAGAAUGCAGUGUAGAACUUAUUAGUAUUAUGGCUGUUAGAGCAUUAUGUGAGAUGUAGUCCACAACAUCUGGAGUUCCAAAGGUUGCCUACACCUGGCUUAUAGAAAAGUUCCCAAUUUUAGUUUUCCCCUCUUUUUCUUGCAGUGUGGUCUCCGAUAUAAUAGUGAUGACGCAGAACAUAAACGCAUAGUCCGCAAUGGAUCAUUAAACAACAAUAUAUAUGAAAAUGUAUUGUCUAUAAUGCAAACAAUCAAUAUUUUUUUUUCUUGUUUAAAAAACAUAUAAAGAUACAUCAACUAAAAUAUAAUGUUGUGUGCCAAUAGGCAUGUAUAGAAUAAUAAAACAACCCGGAAUAAACUCAGAUAUGCAUUAGAAAGCAAUAUAGUGAUGCAGUCUUACUUUUCUUCAGAUUUGAUAGUUAGAGCUUUAACCCCUUAAGGACACAUGACGUGUGUGACAUGUCAUGAUUCCCAUUUAUUCCAGAAGUUUGGUCCUUAAGGGGUUAAAUACGAAGCCAAAAGUAUCUCCUGAAUUAGUAACUGAUUUAUUUUUUGCAUGUUAUUGGUGGUAUUGGUAUCUAUCCCUCAUUUAUUUAGAUCACGUCUAUCACACUGCUGUGGACUAUUUACAUAGCAAAGUAUUCUGAAACGUGACACCUAAUUUCCAUCAUUAUUGAUUGAUUUAUGGUCACUGAUUGAUUUAUAAGUAAUCUAAAAAAUAAUACGCAUUUUUGCAGAAAUAUCCACUUUAGAAAACUGCCAAGUUUAAAUUGUUGGAAAAAAAAAUUGAAAGUGAAACUGAACACAUGUUUUUCUGUCUGGAAAAAACACAGCAGACUUCUGUCUACUUUUCAUUAACCCCUUAAGGACACAUGACAUGUGUGACAUGUCAUGAUUCCAUUUUAUUCCAGAAGCUUGGUCCUUAAGGGGUUAAACAUGUUUGCUCAAUUUAUUAAGGUGUUGGUGACACUUUGAUAAAUCUCCCACCCCCAAUAUUUCUAAUCUGCAGAUUGAUGAAGCUUUAUUUACCUUCUAUUGCAGCACAUUAUAUAUUUCUUUACGGUAUUGACUGUCUUAUAGAAUAUAGUGACUACUUGCAGAAAGGGAAUGAUAUGCUAGAUGUGUUCCAUAACAAUGAGUCAUAUAGAGACAUCUAUAUGUUAUGUAUUUAUUCCUCAUCACAGGUACCAACUGAUGAAGCAAACUUGCAGAACAGUGUAAGCAACGUUUAACUUAAACUUGAUCCUGAGAAAAUAGUUCCUGACGUAUGCAAAUGAAGAAUCCAAGUGGGAAAUUGCAAUGGGAAUAUUUUGGCAGCAUUAAACAAAAGUGCCCCUAGCUUCGCAAAUCUCUUUCUAGGAUGGUCGGAGCAGCGUGUCACCUGUUCUCCUGCCUACACCAAAUACCAACAGAAGAUAUCACACUUUUUUUUUUUAAACUGUCUCCUACGGCACUACUUCAUUAUUAGAAAUCACCAAUUGAUAUAAGUAUUCUUAUAUACUAUAAUAAUCACCUUAUUAUUUCUCAAUUCAGGAGACUACCCAUGACUAUACACCUAUUCAUAUUACAAAUCUUUAUAUUUAAAUUUAGCCUAUUUACACCAAAUACUACAACUAAAAGUUACGUUUUAAAGAAGCCGUGAGUGCAGCCAACCAUUACUACUAUUUGGAUACUGGAGCCUCGGUGAUGCACCCAGCCAUAUAACUGAAGCAUGAGUGCAAGG